CUGAGCAAGAUGGCAGAAGGAGGUGUGACUGAUCUAGUCUUGGAUGAGACUCAGAAGGAACUUCAAGAAUGUCCUAUCUGUUACACUGAGUACAAGGAUCCUAGGAUGCUAGACUGCUCACACAGCUUCUGCCUGAAAUGUCUGCAAGAACUCAGACUGACACAAAAUAAGGACGACAAGAAUAUUGUCUGUCCAUUGUGUCGAAAGGAAACUGCCCUGACUGAAGCUGGCGUGGACAUGCUACCUGGAGGAUCAAAGGAUAUCAAUCAACUGGAGCAGACUGAAGGUCAGGGGUUAAAAGUCAUGUGUCAGGCAUGUGAUGAGGAAAAUGAAGCAAUUUCUCGAUGCAUGGAUUGCAAGCAUUAUCUCUGUCAAGAAUGCCAGAAGGCACACAAUCGAAUGGCAGUACUGACAAAGGGUCACAAGAUUGUAGCUUUGACAGAGCUACCUGUUGAGUCCCAAGAAAUAACAGAGGACACUGAACUCAAGAAAGUUCCCAAGUGUCUCAAGCAUCCAGAUCAAGAUCUCUGUCUGUAUUGUAACACAUGUGAAGUCCUCAUAUGCAGUGAAUGCACAAACAUUGAUCACAAAGAAUCCAUACAUUCUCACGUCAGCAUCGACCAGGCGGACAUUUACGUUACCGACUUGACAAGAUGCUGGUAA